GUGGUUCCCCGGCCUCUCCUACCUGCGCAGGUUCCCGCAGACCCGGAAACUGCUGACUGGGAUAGAGGCGAGCUGGGGCCCGGAUUGACUUCUAAAGAAUCCAGUUACAAGAAGAAGAAGCCCAGAAGUGGAAAGAAAAGGAUUCAGAAAUGGCUCUUACUCAGAGGCCUUUGACAUUCAGGGAUGUGGCCAUAGAAUUUUCUCAAGACGAGUGGACGUGCCUGGACCCUGCUCAGAGGACUUUAUACAGGGACGUGAUGUUGGAGAACUACAGGAACCUGGUCUCCCUAGGUAUCUCUUCUUUAUGUAUGAUAAAUGUAUUGCCAUCUACAGAGAGCAGUAGUACAGAAGAAAUAUCCCCCACAGUGAUGUUGGAAAGGAAUGAAAACCAUGACAUUGAAGACUUUGGCUUUAGGGAAGUCCAGAAGAAUAUACACAAUUUUGAGUGUCAGUGGAGAGAUGAUGAAAGACAUUGCAGUGGAGUCCUUAUGACUCCUCAGGGAAAUCUCACUGGUAGGAGAGAUCAGCAUGAUAGGAAGGAUUCAGGAAACAAGCUUGUUAAUAAUCAGUUGGGAUUGAACACCCAAUCAUAUCUACCAGAACUAGAGCUAUUUAAGUUUGAAGAGAAAAUUUAUGAAUCUAGUAAUCCCAUGGAGCCACUUGUCAAAAGUGAUUUCUUGAUUUCCCCACCCCACAGAAUUCCUUCUACUAUGACACCUCACCUUUCUCAUAAACAUGUGUAUGAUGUUAUGGAUUCAUUAUUCCAACAAAGAGAGAAACCACAGAUAGUGACAGAACAUUACAAAUGUACUGAGUGGGACAAGGCCUUUAAUCAAAGCUUACAUUUCAAUACUCAUCAAAUAACGCAUGAGGAAGGGAAUCAAUUUAAAUGCGAUAUAUGUGCCAGGGUGUUCAAUAAAAAAUCAAGCCUUAGAAGUCAUCAGAGAGUCCAUGCUGUAAAGAAAACUUACAAGUGUAAUGAAUGUGGCAAGGUCUUCAAUUACAUUUCACGGCUUGCACGGCAUCGGAAAAUCCACACUGGAGAGAAACCUUACAAAUGUAAUGAAUGUGGAAAGGUAUUCCGUGAAAGUUCAGCCCUUGCACAGCAUUGGAGAAUUCACACUGGAGAGAAACCUUACAAAUGUAAUGAAUGUGGAAAGCUAUUCCGUUCAAGUUCGAUUCUUGCACAACAUCGAAGAAUUCAUACUGGAGAGAAACCUUAUAAAUGUAAUGAAUGUGGUAAGGUAUUCCGUGAAUGUUCAGGACUUGCACGACAUCGCAGAAUUCACACUGGAGAAAAACCUUACAAAUGUAAUGAAUGUGGCAAAAUGUUCGGUCAUAAAUCAUCCCUACAAAUGCACUGGAGGAUUCAUACUGGAGAGAAACCUUACAAAUGUAAUGAAUGUGGAAAGGUAUUUAAUCGUAUUUCACACCUUGCAAAACAUCAGAGAAUUCACACUGGAGGGAAACCUUACAAAUGUAAUGAUUGUGACAAAAUGUUCGGUAAUAAGUCAUCCCUAGGAAAGCAUUGGAGAAUUCAUGGACAGAAACCUUACAAAUGCAAUGAAUGUGGAAAGGUCUUCAGUCCAAUCUCAUGCUUAGCACAUCAUCAGAGAGUUCCUACUAGAAACAAACCUUAGAAAUGUAACAAGUCUGGCCAAAUCUUUAGUGUGCUCCAUACUAGAGAAGCCUUUCAAAUAUAAUAAAUAAAACAUGCAUGGCAGGGUUUUCAGUGACAGUUCGUACCUUGAACUCAUCAGAGAUUUCAUUCUGGAGAAACAUCUUACUAAUAGGGUAACGUGAUUAAUGUAGGAAGGUAUUUUCUUAGAAUUAAAGCUUUGGAGCGCAUUAAGUAAUUGACACUAGAAGGAAGCUUUCCAAGUGUGAGCAAUGCAGCAGAGUCUUUGGUUGUCAUGUAAAGAUUAACCAUCAGUUAAUCCAUGGAAGGGGAAAACCUAUCUAAUUUACUCAGUGGCAAACAUUAGGGCAUAAUUGUGACAUUUGGGUUUUUUGAACAUUCCCUUUUUUUUUUUUUUGACAGUCUCACUACAUCGCCUCUGGUAGAAUACUAUGGCGUCACAGCUCACAGCAACCUCCAACUAUUGGGCUUAAGCGAUUCUCUUGCUUCAGCCUCCCAAGUGGCUGGGACUACAGGUGCCCGCCACAACUCCCAGCUAUUUUUGUUGUUGUUGUUGUUGUCGUUUAGUGAGCCGCAGGCCAGGUUCAAACCCACCAGCCCCAGUGUAUGUGGCUAGCUCCCUAACCACUGAGCUAUGGGCUUUGUGCCUUUUUGAACAUUCCUUGCUGGAGUCAAACCUGAGGAGCACAGACUCGGCGCCCAUAGCACAGUGGUUAUGGCACUGUCUACAUACACCAAGGCUGGCAAGUUCAAACCCCGCCCAGGCCAUCUAAACAACAAAAAAAUAGCUGAGCAUUGUGUCGGUCGCCUGUAGUCCCAGCUACUUAGGAGGCUGAGGCAAGAGAAUCGCUUUAGCCCAAGAGUUGGAGGUUGCUGUGAGCUUUGAC